GGGUUACACGUGUAGUAACAUACAACGCCACGCUUCCUUGUCUCGAUAUACUCAAAUAUGACUCAAUUCCCAAUCACAUCCGGAUGCUUAUGGAAAUAAGCGAAGGGGUUUAAUAUUGCCCUUCAAUUUGACAUCGGCGUUAAACAUCGGCAGACCACUGAACGUUUAACAUCUCCUCUUCAAAUCACUUUGGUAAUUUUUUACAUUAGUCAAGCAUACCGAGUGUUUAUUAAGUUACACCUGGAUUUGAUACAGAAAUCUAUAACAUGGAGUCUUCUAAACGUAUCUAUAUGUUCAAGGUUGUAACUAAUCUACUCCUACUCCAAUCACUGAUGAACAUUGCCGAAGGAGUUAUAAGGCCGUUGAAUCAAGUGAAGUCACUGAAUCUUCUCAAAAGUCAUUAUCAGAAUGAUGAAGCACCAGACCCUAUGCAAAUGCCUAUGUCGCUACUAUCUCAACCUGUAGUGGCAGCUACCUAUUACUUCAGCUCUGCAAGGAGGCCUUUGAAUGGAGAUUUUCAAAGCUUGGAUGCAUCAGAUCGCUGUGAAGCUGCAGAUUCAAGACAAGGUACUUGCUACGAGACCUCGGACUGCGUUGAUCUAGGAGGAACACCAAUGGGACGAUGUUCACACGAAGGAGUUUGUUGCAUAUUUGAUGUUCAGUGCGGUGGGGCCACCAGUGAAAUGAUAUCAUAUUUCAGAAGUCCUGGUUUUCCUGAACCUUAUGAACAAGAAGGAACCUGUAAAAUGAGGAUUGCGAAAAAUUCUGACGCUGUUUGCCAAAUUCGUCUGGAUUUUCUAGUGUUUGAUAUUGCUCGACCCGUAGAAGGGAACUGUUCCCAAGACAUGCUAGUAAUUACAGGACAAAAUGAAAACAAUUUAGUGCCAAAGAUAUGUGGCCUUAAUAGCGGUCAACAUUAUUACAUAGAUGUGGAGGAAUCCGGGGCUAUUAGUAUACAUGUGACAAUGGUGGGAACUUAUGGAAGAAAAUUUGAAAUCAAAGUUACUCAAGUAAAAUGUACAAGUCGCGAUGCAGCUCCACCACACUGUCUUCAGUACCACAGAGGCACAAGAGGCUCUAUUAAAAGCUUCAAUUACGAUGAACCGGGACUUUUAGGUCUCGGUUAUCCAAACAAUUUGGAUUACGUCAUAUGCAUCAGAAAAGAGCCAGGAUUUUGCUCAAUUACUUAUCAAUUAUCUUCUGACGGACGGAACGUAUCACCUUUCGCCGUAGGGGCAGUUGCAGGAGCUGCUAAUGCUGCAGCGGGGCCAACAGGGCCAGUUGCAGCAGAAUGCCAUGAUGAUUACAUUCUCUUCACUGGUAUCAGAGUUUGUUCCGGAAGAGUGGCAGCAGCUGGACCACCCAACAGACCAGUAAGAGAACCAAAUACAACGUCUACUUACAUUCUUACCGAUUCUACCCCAGGGCCAUUUCUAGUACGAUUUGUAUCAAAUGGAGUACGAAAUGCAAGAGGUUUCCAUUUCACAUACAGACAAAACCCAUGCAAAUAGAAAAUACCAGAGGAGAUUUCAUUACAGAGAAUAUUAUAGUAAUCACCAGUGCUCAUACCUAUGGCGAUUUAUCAUUUUUAAGAUACGAAGUUGAAAUAACUUACGAUUCAAUAUCUUUAAUAUUUGUAAUGCAUGUGAUGGACAGCCUUCCUUAGGUGAAGAAAAACUGAAGCAUACUGUAGUAACUUCGAAACAUCCAUGGUUUAUUUGACAGAUAUUUUACAGUAUUUCUUAGCAGUUCUUUACAACCCUUCUGAAUAUGUGCUCAAUGUUUAAAAUCCGAAUUUUGACAUUGCUCACAUUUUUUGUACUAUUCAAGCUGUACAAGUUAUAUGUCUCACAAGUUUUUAAUUAUGCAUUUCAUCCUUUUGAAAAAUUCCCUUAAGUUAUUUUGAUGAUCUGUAUGAAUACUUUAAAAUGGAUGUGAUUUGUUCAUAAAUAAAAUGG